AGAAUCGCCAAGUUUUAGAGAGCCCGUAACUAACCUCACGGUAGCAGUAGGAAGAGAAGCAGUUUUGGAUUGCUCAGUUCACAAUUUAAGUCCCUAUAAGGUAGCUUGGUUGAAGGUGGACACUCAAACGAUACUGACGAUCCACAACCACGUCAUCACUAAAAAUAACCGCAUUGGUGUUACCCACAGCGAACAGAACAUCUGGCAUCUCCAUAUUAGAGAGGUGCGUGAAUCUGAUCAAGGUUGGUACAUGUGCCAGAUCAACACCGAUCCGAUGAAGAGUCAAGUAGGAUAUCUCACCGUUGUGGUGCCGCCAGACAUUCUGGAUUAUCCAACAAGUACCGACAUGAUUGUGGACGAAGGAUCGAAUGUUAGCUUACAGUGUAUAGCUAAAGGAUCCCCAGAACCUGCUAUAACCUGGAAACGAGAAGACGGACAGCCAAUUCAAUUCAGAAAUGAAUCAAAAGUUCUGAACUACGCCGGACCAAGAUUGAACUUCACACAUGUCAACCGAGACCACAUGGGAUCAUACCUUUGUAUAGCGACCAAUGGAAUCCCACCAUCCGUUAGCAAACGGAUAAAAUUAGUUGUACAAUUUUCUCCAUCGGUAUAUAUCCAAUAUCAGCUUAUCGGGGCUUACGAUGAUCAGCAAGUCACUUUGGAAUGUUUCUCACAAGCUUUUCCUAAAUCCAUCAACUACUGGACUAAAGAUUCUGGAGAAAUCAUACCUCACAGUGCAAAGUACGUUCCGGAAAUAAUUGAGGAAGGCUACAAAGUACACAUGAAGCUAACGAUAAAAUCUAUAGGACCCAAAGAUUAUGGAGUAUAUAAAUGUAUAUCAAAAAAUUCACUGGGAGAUAUGGAAGGAACCAUCAACGUUUACAGAAUACCUGAUCCAAAUAAAUAUAUCCCUAGCAAUAAAAGGCAGCAAGCUUACGAUGAAAAGAUUUCUGGUACUCGAGAAGAAAACAUGAAAAAACUCCUCAACGACACUUCAAGAAGAAUCGGUCUGGAAGCAGGUACGAAAGAUCAAGCUGAUCUUCAAAGUUACCACAGCUCAUCUGACCCCAUUUCGAAAUUCAAUAUAGUAGCUCAUUUGAGUGUCGUUAUAACUCUCAUACAUUAUUUAGUCAGUUGUUUAUAUCGUGACCACAUUGGUUUGGACAGGUCUUAAUUUUCACAUCAUAUCAAAAUAUGUCAUAUCAUCAUGUCAUAGGACUGUGGCUAUUUUUGUACGCUUGCAUUUAGUUUUAGGUGUAACAUAAGAUUGAUAAUGUAAGAUCUCGAAUAUGGAAUAUCAUCUUGUGAAUGUAUCUGUACAGAAUAAUUAUUGGUUAAGUAAA